AACCUAUGCCCUACAAUAAAGUUUGUUUUAGAUAACAGAAAACACUUGAAAUAAACGCAUUUUUAUCAAACCGGCACUUGCUUUAAUCGGUUUUUAUAUAAAGUAAUAUAAUGGUUGUGUCAGAAGAAACCAACCCUCCUGUGGAGGGCGAAGCGCCAAGUAAGAAAGCAGCGAAGAAGGCGGCAAAAGCUGCGGAGAAACAGCAGAAAAAGGCUGAACAUAAGGGUGCAAACCCAGCGCAAAACGAUACAGCCGAACCAGACAUCUCCGAAGGUUUGUACGGUGCGUACAAACUGAUAAACUCUGACGGUGGCCACAGAGAUAGGGUUUAUGUGGAUGUAAAGGACCUUAAUGAGAAGGUCGUCGGGCAGACUGUGUGGGUGCGAGCUCGUCUCCAAACAUCUCGAGCGAAAGGCAAGCAAUGUUUCGCAGUGCUGAGACAGAAUUCCAGCACUGUCCAACUGUUAAUCAGCGUGAAUGAUGAACGGAAGGUCAGCAAGCAAAUGGUCAAGUUUACUGGCAACAUAACAAAAGAAUCAAUAGUCGACAUUCAAGCGACUGUCGUGAAAACGGCCACACCCAUCGAAUCUUGUACCGUACAGAACGUAGAAUUGUCCGGUCUACAAGUAUGGGUUGUUUCAUCAGCUCGGGCACAAUUACCGCUGUUGAUUGAAGAUGCGGCAAGACCGGAGAUAUCUGACGAUCCCGAAGCCCUAAAAAUUCGUGUGAACCAAGACACGAGGUUGGACAAUCGAGUGUUGGAUUUGCGUACACCAGCGAAUCAAGCCAUUUUCCGUAUUGAGGCAGGCGUUUGCAGGCUCUUCAGGGACAUACUUACAAAACGGGGAUUCGUAGAAAUACACACGCCAAAAAUAAUAUCGGCCGCCUCUGAGGGUGGUGCGAAUGUUUUUACUGUGUCGUAUUUUAAAUCCUCUGCGUAUUUGGCGCAGAGUCCACAAUUGUAUAAACAAAUGGCGAUAGCAGCUGAUUUUGAUAAAGUGUUCACAGUGGGCGCGGUAUUUAGGGCCGAGGAUUCGAACACGCAUCGCCACCUAACAGAGUUUGUAGGUUUGGACCUCGAGAUGUCGUUCAAGCACCACUAUCACGAAGUGCUCGACACAAUCGGACAAACUUUCACCGAUAUGUUCAGGGGGCUGCAGGAGCAAUUCGCGUCAGAAAUAGCGACAGUGGGCCAACAGUACAAAGUGGAGCCAUUUAAAUUCCUAGACCCACCCCUAAGGUUGGAAUUUCCACAAGCUGUACAAAUAUUGAAGGAAGCUGGUGUGACUAUCGGCGAUGAAGACGAUCUAUCGACACCAGACGAGAAACUCCUCGGUCGUCUAGUUAAAGCUAAAUACGACACGGAUUUCUAUAUAUUGGACAAAUAUCCGCUGGCCGUCCGUCCGUUUUAUACUAUGCCCGAUCCUAAUAACCCGAAAGCAUCAAACUCGUAUGACAUGUUCAUGCGUGGUGAAGAGAUACUGAGCGGUGCUCAGCGGAUACACGACCCCGAGUUUCUUACCGCUAGAGCGAAACAUCAUGGGAUUGAUAUCGAAAAGAUAGCGGCAUACAUAGAAUCGUUCAGACUGGGUUGUCCACCACAUGCAGGCGGUGGUAUUGGUCUAGAAAGAGUGGUUAUGCUGUACCUAGGUCUUGACAACAUUAGGAAGACGUCGAUGUUCCCGCGCGACCCUAAACGAGUCACUCCUUAAAUAUUUAUUAUC